AUGGGCAAUAGCUCUUCUAAGGAUGGCCGCCCAUCGUCCCGGCACGAAGGGCGCCACGCACACGGACACGGCGAAUCUUCACAUCAUCACCAGGAUUCGUCACGGCAAUCGUCGACCCGCGAUCAAGAUUUAGCCAACCAGAUUUACGGAGCAGCCACUCGCGGUGGCACAUUCCGUCGCAGCAGUCAGAACCUGGCUUUCCUCCACUUAGGCGGAGGUGGCAGCAGCGGAGGCCACCGCGAUGCCGAAGCUGCGGAUCGACCACGAGAGACCAAACCUGAACGAGACGCUCGCCGGGCUGAGCGGGACCGUCAGGUGCGAUUGAAGGAACGGGAGCGCAGCAUGCGAGAAGAGAGUGUUGAUGGCGGCUUUCUGGUGACGCUAGGGACAUACACAGGCCCAGAGGAUUUCAACAAAGCAAUCGUACGUCAGCUACAGAUUGAGCGACGGCUGGCACCUUUCUGGAAAGGCUUAGAGGAUCAUUCCGAUUCGUGGACUGAAGCGCAAUUGAUUGCUGCGGCUAGAGGCCUGCCAAUUCCCGCGCCCGACGAGGUUCCACCAGAGAUAGAAUCGUUGCAGGCGUCAUCGUCUACAUAUCCCCAACAAGGUGUGGACGUUCCCCAAGCCGAGUCGCUCAUGGUCCCCAUCCCGACACGAUCCCUCUCGCAGCAAUCCGAUGCAUCCGCGAAUCUCUCGGCGCCACAUUCGAGUUUCUCCAUGUCCGGUCCACCUUCGCCCUCUGCUGUUUCCAUUUCGACCUCUCCAAUGUUUCGAAGUCGCGCUAAGACUUUGGCGGCCGCCGGGGACAACAGUAGACUGUCCCAGCCGGAGGUUACAUUGCAAGAAAUCCGAUUGCCUCAUGAGCCCACGGUUAACGGCACGCCUCUAGAGGCUGUUUUGUACAAGGAUGCUAGUGAAUGCCCUAUCUGCUUCCUCUACUAUCCCCCUUUCCUAAAUCAUACGCGUUGCUGCAAUCAGGACAUUUGUUCUGAGUGCUUUGUACAGAUCAAGCGACCCGACCCACAUCCGCCGGAGCACGAGCAACCGGGGCAACCUCCGCGAAACCCUGAGGAAGAGGCUGGACUCCUCGUUUCGGAGAUCGCUUCAUGUCCCUUCUGCGUUACGCCUGAAUUUGGUGUGACGUAUGAUCCUCCACCCUUCCGGCGUGGGCUUGCCUACACAUCGACCAUAACUCCACUCUCAGGGCUUCGCAAUGCCACCUCGGCGGUGUCAUCCACAACUUCAUUGGCGCUCUCAGCUUCGUCUGGAGGUCCACCGUCGGCGUCAUCUAACACAGCGAUGCGUCGCCGUGCGACAUCUCUAUCCGCCACUGCGCCGAACGUGAUCACUACAGACCGCGUACGCCCUGAUUGGGCUAAAAAAUUGGCAGAUGCACGGGCACAAGCUCUCCGUCGUUCCGCUGCUGCUACGGCGCUCCAUACGGCUGCUUACAUGCUCGGAGGAGAACAUGCCGCGGGCGCUUCUGGGUCAGGGCACAGCAGUAGUCGCUCGGCCUUACGUCUAGGCGGGCGAAGCCGGCGCAUGAUCCUCGUCGACGGCAUUGGCAACCGUGCCUUAAGCCCAAGGAACGGGGACAGCAACGAAGGUGGAAGCGGGACAGAGAACACGAGUAGCAGGCAACGGGUUGCGCGAGUGGAGGACCUCGAAGAGCUUAUGAUGCUGGAGGCCAUUCGACAAUCACUCCUGGCGGAGGAAGAGAGAAAGGCGAAAUCAGAUAGCGAGGCGGCCAAGGGAAACGCACCUACAGGUGCACAGAGUUCACAGCCGCUGUCAGAAUUCAGACCAGAUGGCGGAGACAAUGCUUCAUCUUCGUCAGUCUCCUUGUCGCCCUCACCAUCUCCAGCGGCUUCAGCUUCUUCACAACAGCAGGGCAGGGACGGAGAGCCCGCAGGGAUGCCUUCCGAAUCAUCUGCUUUCUUGACUGUGCCCACUACUGGCGCCAGAUCUGUUGCUACAAGCUCGAAUACCCCACAGACCUCACCGUCAGACACGUCAAGUCCAUCUUCAGCGUCCACAGCCGCGGCGCCAGAGAGCAAGGUCAGUUUCAGGUCUCUGGCAGCGAUGGUCGGAAACGAAGAUAAGCAUCCUCCAGCCGCAGGAAACACGCGUGAAACCAAUGGCGGUGACGUGAGCUGA